UCGAGCCCCCUGCGCCCGCCGCCAGCGUGGGAGGGCGCGGCGGGGCUGCAGGCGGGGGAGCCGCUCCGACCGGCUCCGGGGAGCGAGGGAACGAGCGAGGGAGGGAGGGAGCGAGGGAGGAGGCAGGAGGCAGGACAGCUCCCGGCCCCGGCCCGCCCUCCGUCUGCGGCUCCACCGAGGGAAAGCCGAGCGGCGCCGGCUGUCGGGGUGCUCCGUGCCUCGCUGCCCGGGAAACUUCGGAAGCUUGCCGGGGAGCGUCUGUCCCCUGCCCCGAGGGGCGCUCCGGCGGAGGGAAGCGUCCCCGUGCGCACCAGCUGGAUGGCGCGGACCCUGAGACCCGACGACAUCAACCCCCGGACGGGGCUUGUGGUGGCUCUGGUCAGCGUCUUUCUGGUGUUCGGCUUCAUGUUCACCGUGUCUGGCAUCAAGGGAGAGACCCUGGGAGACAUCCCGCUGCUGGCCAUCGGGCCGGCCAUCUGCCUGCCGGGCAUUGCCGCCAUCGCCCUCACCAGAAAGACCGACGGCUGCACCAAAUGUCCCGAGAACAUGCGUCCGUGCUGUAAGGAAGUCAGGGACCGGGAUGUCAUGGAGCUGCUAAGGACCCCCUCGGACCUGGAGUCUGGCAAGGGAAGUUGUGACGAGCUGGCCAGGAAAGCUUACCGCAAGGACAGGAGGGGGCUGAGGGGAGAGGACACGGUGUUCAUCUGCACCACCAGCACCACCGCCGCUGCCACGGCAGAGUGCAAGAGCCUCACCAAAAAGGUGGAGCAGGAGGAGAUGCUGAAAUACCUGGAGAGCUGUUACCCAGAGAUGCCAGAGAAUGUGUUCGUGGGAGAUGGCUCCACAUACAGUGCCUUGGAGAAGAAGAGCUCUUCUCCCAGCAGGGACAGCACUCCUUGCCCUGACAUUGAAGACAACAUUUUUGUGGCUCCUAAAGAUAGUAUCAUUGUCUGCUCUUACAAGGAUAACAGCCCUUAUGACAGGUACUGUUGUUACAUAAACCCCACUGGAGUCAAUUCAGACCAGGAGACCAUUGUGUGAAAGAUGCAUACUUUAUAUAUAUGUAUGUAUACAAAAACUGAAACUUCAACUUCUUG